AUGUCCACACCGCAGUAUAGGCCUCCGAAGGAAAUUCAAGACUUGCUAGACAAAAAGGAGCAACAGCAGGCAAAUCAGCGCAGGCGCACCGCUGUGCUUCCCAAACGCUCGUGGAUUCAGCGGAACCCACGCCUAUUCCAGAUCUCCUUCCUUACCGGCUCAUUGCUGAUAUUUUUCUCCAAGCCCCUGUACGACUGCUUUAUUGCCGAUCCUCUGCCGCCGCCGGAGACCAAAGUGCCGCCUCACAAGCGCUGAGCUGAGGCAUGGAAUCGGUGCGCAAAGCAAACCAAAGGAUCCGCAACUAUCCAAUUCUGCUGAGCAAGUGCGCGGACAAAGCCACUGCGUAUGCGGUUUGCGUGUCGCGGGAUCUAAACGUGCAGCACAAAAUCUGCGACACCGAGUUCAAGGAGUUCCUUAGCUGUAUCCGCAAGACCGCUUUGGAAAUGAAGACCAAGCUCUAGACAAACGUAAACAAUAAAAACAAUGACUCAAA